AUGUCAAUCGAGUGGCUUAAUGACAGAGAAGAUAAGCUUCACGAAGACGAAUUCGUAACAAUCUAAACAGAUAGCCGACGAACUUGGCUUUGACACUAUUCACGACGAAGACGCUAAAUCAGACACCUUUAGAAAUGUGAUGCUUUCCUCAAUUCGCAUAAGAACAGCUGAAGUCAAAGCGGUCGCCAUUUCAAUGAAAGCAAUAUACGUGAUAACAACAGACAAGCAAGCCCUCAGGUGGACUUUCCAAGAAGAGGAACGCUUAAAAGAAGCCAAUCGUGACAGCAUGACCGAAUUAAUUAUCAGGGUGACGAAUUUACAAUUGGAAAAUGUUUUUUGCGACCCGACUGGAUGGCAUUGUUUGGUGACUAUGAGUAGUGGCGACACCCAUUAUUUCCACUUGACCUCGACUUCUUCUGUAUUUAUACACAAGCUUCAUAGCUUUAAUAUUGAAAGUGUUGCUUGGAGUGGACAAACUGAGUAUUAUCAAACUCGAGAAAUCCUGCUCGGCACUCGCAAUGGAGUUAUUUUAGAAAUGAGCUUGGAAUUUGACCAGACAACUGAAACUAUUAAGCAGCAUCAGUUUUCAAGGGUCAUUGAGCUGCCUGGAGGUCCUUGUAUAAGUGGGAUAUUAUAUGAAAUGAUUCCAGGAAUGCCUGCUAAAUAUAGCGUGAUGGCUGCAACGGUGAAUUGCUUGUUUCAGUUUAUAGGAGAUGCCAAUGAACAAAGAAGGCCAGAUUUUCCAAAAUUAUUUGAAAAAUAUAGAACGAACCCAACCUUGCUUCAGUCCUGCACGCAUGAAGUAGGAGGCUCUCUUAAAAAAAGCCAGCUGCAGUACUAUUAUACAAGAGGGAGAGCUGAUGGUUUUGCCUGGAUGUCUGGGUCAGGGCUGAUGUAUGGGAAACUCGCCACAAACACAAGUGAAGAAAUUUUCGUGACUACAAUGAAGCCUGUCCCAUUCCCAGCCAGAGGUAAUGACAAAGUUAUAGGCAUCGGCAUGACUGCUUAUCAUGUUUAUUUCUUAUUCAGCAAUGCUCUGCUAUGUGUUUCUAAGCUAAACCAGCAAGUAGUCCAUACAAUUGAUUUUGAAAUGAGGCCAGGCUACGAAAUGCAAGGGAUCAUGUUUGACGCACAAACUCACUCAUUAUUUGCUUGGAGUAAUAAAUUUAUUUACCAAAUCCUAAUUGAUAAUGAAGACAGAGAUGUCUGGAAAUAUUAUAUUGAGCAAAACCGACAUGAGGAAGCUGUAAAAUUCUGUGAGAGGACUGACUCACCAUUUUUACCAAAAGUUAAAGGCCUUUAUGCAGACUUUUUAUUCCAUGAAGGAAAAACACUUUUGGCCGCUGAUUCUUAUGCACAAAGUGAUAGGACUUUUGAAGAAAUCGCAUUAAAAUUGAUGAGCGAUACCCCUGCUUUGCAAAGAUUUUUAGAAGCUAAACUGAAUCGUAUGGGGAGUGAUAUGAAGGCACAGAGGACUUUGUUGAGCACUUGGCUUGUGGAAAUCCAUUUACAUAACAUAAAUGCACUGCUUAUGAUAGAAGAGGACUCUUCUAAAAAUGCUCAAGAGGACCUCAGAACAUUUUUGUCAUUACACCAUCAAGAUUUAGAUGCAACAACCACUUAUGAUUUAUUGCAAAGCCAUGGACGAAUUGAAGACUGGGUUUAUUUCGCUGAGCUAAAAGGAAACUUUGAGCUUGUCAUGCUUCAUCAUAUGAAUCAGCAAGAAUUUAAAAAAGCUUUAAUGAAGCUUGAGCAUGCUGAGCCAACCUUUAAAGAGCCAUUAUUAUACCGAUACUCGCCAGUAUUCAUGAAAAACGAGCCCAAAAAAACAGUAGAUCUCUUAAUAGAGUUAGCAAGAGAAAGAGGCAAAGCUUUUGAGGCUAAAAAACUACUGCCUGCCUUGAUGAAUGUAGAAAAGCUAUAUAGAGAGCAAGCUAUUCGUUUUGAAGUUUUUUGCAUUAAUGAAUUACAAGUCAGAGAAAAAUCCCUACACAAUUUGCUGAUUUUCCAUUUAGCUGAAAGUGAUGAAGAAGCAUUGUUGGAGUAUUUCCAGAAACAAGAAGAACAAAGUGAGCUUGACUUUGACCCUGAAUAUGCGCUAUCAGUAUGCAAACAAAGUAGUAGGAUUGAAGCUUUAAUUUUCUUGUACAGUCUGCUCAAGAUGUAUAGUGAAGCGGUUUCUAUUGCUUUAGAAAACAAUAAAUUGCAGCUUGCCAAAGAAAACGCUCAAAAACCUGAACGACAGGACGAAGAUUUGUCUAGGAGACUGUGGCUUCAAAUUGCAAUCCAUUUAAUCAAGAUUUCUGAUGUGAAAGCUGCAUUAGAAGUGAUGCAUGAAAGCAAACUCAUAAAGAUGGAAGAUUUAUUGCCAUAUUUUGACGAAUCAGUCAGCAUUUCUAACUUUAAAGAAGAUAUUUGUAAAGCUUUAGAAGGAUACAAAGAAAAAAUUGACGAAUUGAAAACAGAGCUGGACGAGUCAAGCAGCUCUUCACAGCAAAUCAAAAAGGAGCUGCAUAUGGUUAAACAAAGGUUUAUUGAAAUAGAAGGACUUCAACCUUGUGAUAUCUGUGGCAAAGCUGCAAUGAAGAGGAAUUUUUACAUCUACCCUUGUGCCCAUGCGUUUCAUAAAGACUGUUUGCUCGACACAUUGCUGCCAAUAUUAAAAAUUAAAGACUAUAUUAGAGCUAACAGAAUUCAAACAAUUCUUGAAAGCAUAAGCGAUAUAGAAGGAACUUUAAGCCAGUCAUCAAGACCAAGCAAACUAAAAAGGUCAGAAGAGCAAAAAGAUCAGCAUAAUAAUCUUAAAGAUUUAAAUGAAAGACUAGAUCAGAUGCUUGCACCUCACUGUUAUUUAUGUGGAGCACUAUUUAUUGAAAGCAUUAGGGAUAAUAUGUUAGAAGAUGCUUAUGAAAUUGAUAGCUGGACUAUUAAUUAG